GAAGUAGCCAUCUUGGAAUUUAUGUGAUCAAUAUUUGGUCUCGGUGAGUGAUUAUUGGCGAUGGAAGGUGACUGACAUCCGUAGGUUCUGUGGAGCAGUCGUCAAAUUAACGGGAUGUUUUUACUUUGUGGACCUCAGUGAGUUGAGACAACGUUGCAGGGAAACCUGUCCGUUUACGUCAACUAAAUUUCGGCACAAAUUUGUUGAUGGCAGGUACCGUUGCAAAGUUUCCAAGUCCCGCUUACAAUGUCAACGAUGAUCACUAUAUAACACAUCCGUCUGGUAUCAGUAUAAUGGAACAAGAUGUAGUGCUCGAUCAACUCUACGAUCAGAGCUUCCAGAAAAGGGCAGACAUUCUAGACCAGCUGCGUCAGACUGCCAGGAGACAUGGAGGCCGGUUGCCAUUCCAGGACCAGCUCUCCAUAUUUCAAGGAUUGUCGAGGGCGGUAUCGGAUACCAACUGGGACGUUCGCCACCAAUGUAUCAACCUGAUUAAUGAACUGAUUCCAAAAUUAGAUGAUAACUUGGAUAAGUGCAUGACAGUUGUGCUUCCUAAGCUUAUUCCUAAUCUUGGAGACAGCAAAAUUACAAUAAGAAAAGCAGUUAUACAAACUGUUCAUGUUUAUAUGAAAUAUACCAGUAACAUCCAGCAGGUUUUUCAUGCAUUAGUCCAGUUUGGUUUAGAAAAUGAGGAUUUCAAAGUCAAGAGAGAGACCACUGUUGCGCUACCUAUGCUCUUUACAAAGGAGUUUGAAAAUGAGAAUUUGUUGGAAAUUACACAGGCUUUGGCCAAACAACUAGUAGCCACUUCUCAAAGUGUUGAAGACAAUCUCACUCAAGUGUCAUUAAUGUCACUUGAAAAAAUCAGAACUCUUGUAGGAGACAAUGUGUUUGAUGCAUAUAUUCAGCGACUGCCAGUUCCUGUCCGACGGUACUACUGCAAGUUAACAAACAGAAAAGAAGAAAAUGGCUUUGAUAGUCGGACAUCUAGCACAGACUUGAACUCCAGUUUAAAUGGUACCCCAAGGAGAUUCACAGUCAGUACACAAAGCAAUGUGGCAUCUCCAAGACCAUCAGGGCCCAGUACUCCUCUCCAGGAACAGAACCCUAUUGUUCAUACUCCCACAUAUCAGCAGCAGAGUUCUCACAUUGUGGAGAUGGGCAUUAUACCUAGUCACCUUAUGGAGAGAUUGAACAAUCAGGAGGACUUCAGAGCAAGACAGGCUGCCAUUGAAGAGCUCAAAAUUAUCAUUGGAGGGCUUCAGGAUGUGGAUUUAAUUAUACCACAUAUGAUGCCCUUAGUUGGCCUUCUAAACAAUAUGCUUGAUGAUAAGAACUUCAGAAUAAGUGUGACUACCAUGGACAUAUUAGACAUGCUUGUGGUCAAGCUUGGUUCAAGUGUUAGGCCUUUUUCCAAACCAAUACUGAAUGCUGUGUGCAAAUGUUUAAAUGACAAUAAAAUAGUUGUACGUCAGUCUGUGCACAAAGUGGCCAGACACUUAAUGACCUCGCUUUCUCCCAAAUUUGUGUUAUCUGUGAUCUGUGAGCAGCUAGGCAAUCGAAGUGCAAGGAUCCGCCAAGAAGCACUGAAUAUCAUCAUAGCAGCACUUCUGACUUUUCCCAGUUAUGACUUUGAUCUGCCCUCAUUGUGUCAAACUAUAGGGCCUACACUAGUUGACUCCAAGAGGCAUGUAAGACAAGCAUCUUUGGAGUGUUUUGGCAUGCUGGCCCAAGCUAUGGGAGCUGGGAGGCUACAGCCCCUAGUCCAGGCUGUAGAUAGUGUAGAGUUAAGCUAUGAAGGGGAUGGAGUAAUGGCUGCAGUGCAGGCACGGCUAGCCAGACGACAACUUCCUAGAAUCAACAGUGAGGGAUUAGUUGAAUAUGCCACCACUCUCUCUUCAAGUUCACAGAAAAGUUCGGCCUCUAUAUCUGCCUCACAAGGGGCUGAUAUAGACUGGAUUAUGCAGGCUGCAGGGGGUGGGGGAGGCUCUGCAAGAUCAGCACGAUCAGACACCAUGGAGUUGGAAUCAGUUGCAGGAUCUGCACGCUCCACACCAGCCCCUGCUUUAGAGAGCCCUGGCUCUACCGGACCCUCUCCAAGGAGAUUUCUCAGUGCUGGUCGGGAUAAGAAGAAACUCCCUUGGGCUGAGGACGAUGACAGCAUUGGUAGGGAAGAAAAUGGAGGCUAUCAUUCAUCAAAUACACCUGCUUCACAAGCCCGUCCACCAAAACCUCUAACAGAGAGUACCCCACCUCCAUUCAAACCAAGGACAACUUGGGGCGAAGAAAGCUUGGGAGCACAUACAGAAAACCAGCCUCCUCCACGUAAACCAUAUAGAAGACAGACUUCUGGGGGUAGUGGUGUUCCCAUCAGAGAUCAGUCUCCUGACACAGGUGGAAAGUCUGCCAGUAGUUACAAACAAAUAUAUCUUAGAAACAAGUUAAAAUCAAACAGAGACAAUGAUUCAGGCACAGAAAAAGGUGGUCCUAUGUCCUCGGCCACAUCAUCACCAGCACGUAGUAGGGGGAGCAGUGGGCCAGUGGCAGAAAGCUAUCCAGAUGACACAGCCAUGUUCAACAAACCUUACUUUCCGUCCAAUUCAUUUGGAGGCAAAGACGUUAAGGAUCUGUCUAGCUCUUGGCCAGAUGGGAAAAGACUGGACUUCGAAACAAAACCCAACAAGCCGAUAUUGGACCCAAUUUCAGCCCCAGAGACACCCAACUUUCCAGACUGGCCUGAACACAACCAUCCAUUGGAAAGCCUCCCCAGAGACCAUUACACCCAAGACAGUAGGAGAGAUGUUGAUCCAUUGGAAUCUCCCAUCCCAUUGAAACCCACCUUAGCUCGCGGAUCUGCGUCAAAACGACACAAAGUCCCUCCACUCUCAGAUAGAGGCUCUGCGCGGAGAGAAGAUGAUGAGAAGGACAGUGGGAGGGACAGCCUUGAAAACACCUUGGAUGGUGCACCUAAUUCUGAAGAACUAAAUACGUCACUCCGCAGCAUCCGUACAAGUGCCAAAAGAAAGGUGGAAAAGCUGUUUGAGAAACUUGACAGACAAGAACAAAACCAGUUUGGGACUGACCCAGGUCAAGAAAACUCCAAUUCUCCCAGUCCCGAUUACUUGUUGGAAAGUGGAGUGUUUAGUCCUUUGUCCACUUUAAGUCCACGAGAUGAAGCAAGUGAGGUAUCAGACAAGGGAAGUCGGAGAACAAGCAAUAAGAAGUCUGACUCACCCUUUGAAACAAAACCCAGAAUAGCCAGGAUGAACUCCAUGAAAGAAAAGAAAAAGAGCCAAGAAAACCUUUUGGACAAUAACAACAGGAUGGAAAAAGAGAGUCCCCAUUUGGAUUAUAACCCAAACAGUGGAGUUACCUUUAAAGAGAAUCCCAACUCUGAUGUAAAAGUAAUAGGAAGGGGAUAUGCUGAGGAUGCCACCCCUGGGGAUCUUAGAGCAAGUCAGAUACACUCAAAGGCCAGGGAAAAAAGGAGAUUGGCUAAAGGGCCUGUGCUGUCUCCCCUGGGUAUGGCAUCCAUGUAUUCCCAUGGUGCAGCUGAUCCAGAGGAAGAAAAAGCUGCUAAUGGAAUAGGGGUAGUUGGAAAAGAAUUCAUGUUAUCAAAGCAAAAGCAUUUUCAUCAUUUUGGUUGCCAGAUGUCUUUGUAUAAGGAUCUUGAAAACACAACAAAAGUUCUACUUCACAAGAAUGGUGAGAGCAAUGGCUUUAUUAGGGAGGAUUGUGAGAAAGCUCUGGCAAACAUGAUUGCUGAGGUGACUCCACAGAGGGCAUUAGUAGCUAUCAUUCAGGGAGGUGGACAACACAAGAAUGCAACUGUAAGAAGAAUCACCUCCCAGCUUUUAGUGGGUUUAGUUGAGCGUAUGGGACCUGGCAGAAUUCUCAGUGGGGUUAAAGAUACCACAGACAGAGUAUUGCCAUUGCUGGCCCAGUUUGCCACUGAUGGCUCUCCAGAGACGAGGUACAAUGCCCGCAAGAUCCUCUACAUGCUGAUGUCCCACCAGGACUUUGACAAGUGUCUCACCAAAUAUCUUCCACAGAAUACACUGAGAAAUAUACAGGAGGUUGUUGACAACGUGAGACAGAAGGGCCCUGGUGAUGAUCCAAGUGACACCCCUACAGCUCGAUCCAGGAGGUCAGGUCAAGGGUCAAGGUCACGUGGAAAUUCUGCUGGAAGUAGUAUGGUUGAUGGCUCCCAAGGUUCUCCCUCCCUACCGUCCAGUUCCUCGAGCAAAAAGCGAGGUCACAGGGUACACAUGGAUGAACAGACUCAGGAAGAGAUAAAAGAGAUGAACAAUAUGCUGGGAGCUAGCGACUGGAAGCAGAGGCACGAAGGGCUGACAAGGCUGACAGAAAUGUGUGAGCAAAACCCAGAAGUUGUAGGGGCAAAUAUCACAAAAAUUUUUGAUAAAUUUGUUUCAAGACUGAAUGACUCCAACAGUAAAGUGAACCUGUUUGCAUUACAAGUGUUGCUUCAGAUCACACCCCUCCUUAAGGAUUAUAUGGGCUCCUGUAUCAAUAUGGUAAUCCAAACAGUGUCCAACAAUCUAUCUUCCAAGAACAAAGAUAUCUAUAGCACUGCAAUGGAUAUAUUGGAUUGCUUUAUGGAACAUCUAGAUGAAGCUAUUCUUCUCCAGCCAUUUGCAAACCAAGCCCAAGCUGGCAAUGUGAGAGUGAAGCCAGACAUGAUAGAGAAAGUGGCAUACUUGGUCACCAAAGUAUAUCCACGCAAGCAGAAACCAGUGAUGCUCCAUGUUCUGCCACUAUUAUGGCACCUUCUUGGUGCCCAGGCCAGCAGUGGCUCUGUACAGGGUGGGACAGGCAAUACACAAACUGCCACGGCACGCCUGGUCUCCAGUCUGUACCAGCAGAUGGGACAAAGCUUACUGGAUCAGGCUAGCAGUCAUCUAGCACCCAGGCACAUGCAGACUCUACAGGAUAUGAUCCAGAAUCAGCAACAGUGAUUUAUUUGUAGCCUGAAGCCUGUUUAGGUGGUGUUGGCUCCAUGAUGUGAUAUGGUGUUUUGUUUGAAACAGAAGCAAAUACCUUGAAUUGCAGAGAAAAAGAUUGCAUAAUAUGCAUAGAGAUCUCACUGAAUUAGUCUCAUCUCUGAUACUGUUUGCUGGAGAAGGCUACAAGGAUGUACUGGUUUCAGGGCUUUUCCCUGUCCUUAAGAAGGGGCAAUACUGUACUUAAAACUGAUGCCGUCCACACCUUUGCUUUCAGGACUUUUGUCAAACAUGCCUAAGUCUUAAACCCCUUUUACACUGGACAGCGACCUUGCUGCGUCCUUUGUGUGACCAUAAAACUGGCAUUGCUGUGGUCGUAGGAGGCACAAGCAUUGCUUUGGUUGCAGCAUGAAAGCUCAGUGAUUGGCCAGUUGUCAACACGUGAAGUAUUAUUUUUUUACUCUCAAAUCGGGCCGUACUAAGGAAUGCAGAAAGGACGCCGUCCAGUGUAAAGGGGGCUUUAAUAGUUAUGUCAACAUUCUUUCAUUGUGAUAUUCAUACAUAUCUUUAUAACAGAACUGCUUGUCCAUGUGAAUGUGUGAACAAUUAUUUACAGUAAAUAUUGAUUGCUCAAUUUUAUCAUUAUUAUAGUUUUACUAUAAUUAUUGUGGCAUGCAUUGCCUGUUGCACUGUUGUAGCAUGUCCAGUUUUCAGAAGGACAUUCGUUAUUAUUGCAUUUUACUUAGAUAUGCCUUACUGAGUUUUUAAGUCUGCUACACUAUGUGCCACAGUAUUGGAAAUGAACAUUUGGCUUCUCUUUUGUUAUUUGGGAUAACCAAAGAGAUGUCAUGCACGAACUGAAGUCAGAAUUAUUUGUUAUUCCGUCCAGUUAUUACAAAACAAUUUGUUGAUGGGAGAUUUUUAUAUGUGUGAAUGUGGUAGAGCGAACUGUGUUUAUAUAUAAAUAAAUAUAUGUAUAUGUGUAUGUACAAAUAAUGAAUAUACGGAUAUGAUAUACAUUGCAAGUUAUUAUUUUUGCACUACUUACUCAAGCUUUGUCUUAGCUUGUCCCAUGCAUUCCUUGUUUAAUUAACUACAUAUAAUUAUCAUUUCUAUUUUAUUUUUGAAAAAAAAAAAGUAUUAGUGUAUGCUUUUG